GCUAUCAUCAUUUCUCUCCUUUUUUCCCUUCUUGUGGCUUUUGUUUUCAUCUUUGAUUUCAGUCCACAACCCAUUUGGUUAAUUAAUUAAUUAAUUAAUUAUUAAUUAAAAGGGUUAAUAUAAUUUUCAUGAAUUCUCUUCUAUUGUUCCUCCCUUAUUUUUCAGCAGAAAGUUUUCAUUUUCUUUGAAACUUGAUGCUGAAUUAUUCUUGUUUGUUCAUGUUUGACAUUCAUGUCUCCAGUUCUUAGUGAAAUCCUUCGUUCCGGUUUUAUGAUAAAUUCCUCUCUAAGGCGUAGAACUCAUCUUGUUCAAUCUUUCUCUGUUGUCUUCCUUUAUUGGUUCUAUGUUUUUUCGUAAAUCCCCUAACACCAUUGCAACAUUAUAUUAUAUCAUUAUUAUAAGCUAGUAAUAAAUAAUAUAGUAUCAUUGUAAGCUAAGUAUAUUAGCCAUUAAUUGUCCAUGUUUGUUCAAAGUUCCUAUUAGUAUUGUGUCUCUUUGAAAUCUAUUUUUAUUUUUGAACAGAGUAAAAGAAAAUUACAUAGAUCUUUUUCGUUUAUAUUAAAAUCAAGAUAAUUUGAUCAUCUGACCGAUCAAAAGAUACUAAAAUUAAUUUUGCUGAACAUAUUUUGAUCAUGGCCUCAUCGAGUGGAAACUCGUCUACAUCCACCAAAUUUUGCGGCUCUGAAGAAGAUUUGCAACUUCUGAUGGAUCAAAGGAAGAGGAAGAGAAAGCAGUCGAACCGCGAAUCGGCGAGGAGAUCUAGAAUGAGGAAGCAAAAGCACUUGGAUGACCUAGUUGCUGAAGUUGAGAAGCUUAAAAAGGAGAACAAUGAAAUCCUUACCGGAGUUAAGAUCACAACACAAAAGUUUCUGAAUAUUGAGGGAGAAAAUUCCAUCUUAAGGGUCCAAAUGAGUGAACUUACCAAAAGGCUUGAAUCACUCAAUCAUAUGCUUAGCUUCUUCAACAACAAUAACAACACCAUCACAAGCACUAGUACAAUUUUUGAUAGUGAAUUCUACCAUGAUUAUAAUUUCAUGAAUCAUCAUCACAUUAACAUGUGCCUUAACCAACCCAUCAUGGCAUCUUCAAAUCACAUGUUUGAGUGGUGAGUUAUGAGAUGAGACUCUAAUAAAAAAAAAAGGAAUGAAAAAAAAAAGGUGCUUGAUUGAAUGAUUGAUUAUUGUACUAGUCUUUGUUGGAGUUGAGUCAUCAUAGGUGGAAUUAUUGAGUGAGGGGGGUGAAUAUUAGUUCCUGGCUAGGGUGAGGCACUAAUAAUUAUAUAUAUUAAGAUAUUAUUAUAUUAAGUGGAAGAAGUUGCAAGAGGUGUUUUUUUUUUAAUUCAUUUUGUUUCGUGCACAAACACAUUUUUUCCUUUUUUGAAAAAUUGUGUUUUUAUUUAAUGUACGAAAUAAAAAUGAAUCCAAAUAAUACAAAGCAUUUUCUAAUGUUUUGCAAGAAGAAAAAACAAAAAAGGGUGUCGGUGUAGUUGUACUAUUUUUCUUUUUUUUUUUUUUUUUGCAAUAGGGAAUGUAAAUGUAUGAAUGGAU